UCAGUCCAGGGGAAAGGCUUGCUGUAACCAUACGCUAUCUGGCAACUGGUGAAACAUUCCAAAGCUUGCAUUUCCACUACAGGAUAGGAGCAUCGACAAUUGGCGAAAUCAUUCCAGAAGUAUGUAAAGCUAUAUAUGAGGCCCUGAAGGAAGAGUAUUUACAAGUUCCUUCCACACCAGAUGAAUGGACUUCGAUUGCCAAUGAUUUCAAGGAGUUGUGGGACUUUCCGAAUUGCAUUGGAGCAAUGGAUGGGAAACAUAUCGUGAUGAGGGCACCACACAACAGGGGUAGUUAUUGUUUCAACUACAAUACCACUUUCAGCAUCGUCCUUCUCGCUGUUGUGGAUGCGAACUACAAGUUCACAUACGUCGAUGUAGGAUGCAACGGGCGUGUCAGUGAUGGUGGUGUUUAUCGCGAGUCUUCCUUAAAUGCAGCACUGGAAACUAACACAGUAGGGCUUCCACCAUCUCGUCCACUUCCAAUGAGGCAACAAGACGUCCCAUUUGUGAUGGUCGGGGACGAGGCAUUUCCUUUAAAGGAAAAUGUGAUGAAGCCAUUUCCAGGAGGAGGGCUUACUGAUGAACGCCGAAUAUUCAACUAUCGCCUUUCCCGAGCGAGGCGAAUAAGCGAAAAUGUCUUUGGAAUUAUGGCUCACAGAUUCAAAGUCUUUCAGUCCGCAAUCCGUGUCCAACCAGACAAAGUUGAACACAUAAUUCUUGCCGUUUGUGUUUUGCACAACUUCCUGCGAACGAAAUCAAUGGGGUAUGCAUGUCCUGGCCAAAUUGAUUAUGAAAAUGAAUCUGGUGAUGUCAUUGAUGGUGAAUGGAGAUCCACCCAGCACAAUAACAUUCUUGUGGAUCUACCAACCAAUGACUCCAAUCGAUCAUCACUUGGAGUAAGAGAGGUGCGUGAAGAGUUCAUGGAUUACUUCAACACAAAUGGACAAGUACCAUGGCAGUGGUCGCACACACUGAAACAAACUGAUACUAAUAUAUGCGAUUAGGGUCAAUCUCACUGCACUCCAUUAAUUUGAGUCAUUGGAAUGAUGAACUAUAUCAUAAUCUGACGGGUAGACAAAAUCUUGGUCAAAACAGAACUCACCAAAUUUGAAACAGUCUUCCUUGGG